AUGUGUAUAGAAGGAAGACGGCUCUUGGGUCUCCCGUUUUGAGUGACAGGUCUAUAUUACAUCAGUUCAAAGAGCAAGCAAUGGCUGCAAAGUGGUCCCCUCCAAUGUGGUUGAUUUUGGUGUUUGCCUGGAUGGUGGUAGUGAUCGAAGCGGAUUCUUUUGAAACUUUCAAACGGAAGAAUGUUGAUUAUCCGGAGCCUACAGUCCACGACGUGGCAGUCUACUGCAAUGAUAUAAUGAAGAGGAGACACAUCCGCCUACAUCUAAAUUUUUUCAUCCAUGCCUCAGAUGCUCAGCUGGAAGCUAUCUGCACUUUCAUGGGACGACCACUAACAGGUCAAUUUAGAAGUAACAAUCGUCUCCCAUACACUUCCUGUCGGGAAACUAGAAAUGGUUUCUAUGGUCUUCAAGGCACUGGAUAUCCUGUGGUUUACUGUCAGAAUGGAAAACCAAUUGAAUUUAGAAUAAUAGAUCACAGAUAGGAUAAAAGUACCCAAGUACAAUUCAGCAUUGGCAUCUACUUGCCCAAAUCACUCACUCUCUCUCAGUAGCUUUUUCAUGAACUUUAUCAUGAGCUAAGUUUUUUUCAUUUACUUUCUUUCCUGCUUGAUUUAAAGUGCCUUUAAGACUUUGAUAAAAUAAAUCUUUUCCUCCUUUAAGCACAA